AUGUCGACUACAUUCGCCCGUCCAAUCAAUCACGUCGCAGUCUCCGUAAACGAUAUUGAGGCUGUGACAACAUGGUAUACUGAAGUAAUGGGAUUCCAGAUCAUCGGCGACCGCAUUUUCCACAUUAAGCGAUGCGAGAGUCCUUCAGCAGCCAUCUUCUCCAUCUAUGGAGAAGCCCUCCAUGAAGUCAAACUGGCAUACAUGGAAACUGGUAAUGGCGUUGGGUUUGAAGUAUUCCAAUUUAUCGAUCCUGAUUUCAAGGCAAAUCCCGUCAGCUUCGAAUACAAUCGUGGCGGUUUCUUUCAUAUCUGCGUGACAGACCCCAAUCCAGAUGCGCUAGCUGAAAAGGUAGUCCAAAACGGAGGAAAGAGGCAAGGUGCUAGAGCCCUAGUUGCUGGAGGGGCGGCGAUCUGUGUAUACGUUCAGGAUCCGUGGGGCAACGUUGUUGAGAUAUUAGAUACCAGUUUCGAUCGGAUGGCAACCAUGGACGUGGCGCAGUGA